AUGGAAGUGUUUGUCAUCACACGGAAGCAGUAUUAUGCUGCUGAUGAUGAUGACGAUAAUGAUCUUGAUGUUGUGGUGAUUGGUGGUGAUGAUGCUGAUAUUUAUCUUCAAAUCCAUAAUAAUUCGUUAAAAUUUAUAAUCAACUCUUCUCUUUCUAUAGUGAAAGGUUUGCUGCAGCGGAUUCAAGAUGGAGAAACUGUCAUUGUUGCCGAGGGGUAUAUCUUUGCCUUUGAACGUCUUGGAUACCUGAAAGCCGGGCCGUUCACCCCUGAAGUUGUAGUGGACCAUCCCGAGCUUGUACGCCAGAUGUACAAGGACUUCGUGCGCGCAGGAAGUGACGUAGUCCAAGCUUUUACGUACUAUGGCAAUCGCAACAAGUUCAAGCUCGUCGGGCGGGAGGACGAGCUCGAGAAACAGAACCGUCUUGCCCUCAAGAUGGCGAGAGAGGUGGCUGAUGAAACGGGAACCUUGAUGUGUGGUGACCUCAGCAACACAUGGGUGUAUGAACCUGGGAAUGAGGAGGCGAUCGCCGAGACCAAAUCGAUGUUCAAGGAGCAAAUCGAAUGGGCGGUGGACGAGGGAGCCGAUUUUAUCGUGGGUGAGACCUUUGGUCACUUUGAAGAGGCUCUUCUAGCAGCAAAGGCCAUCAAGGAACACGGACAAGGUGUACCUGCCGUGAUAACCCUAGGAACGCACUACUCUCAGAAAACCCCUGAUGGAAAGCCUACCACUGCGGACGGUGUGGAGUUGAACGAAGCCCUUCGCCGUCUUGUAGAAGGUGGUGCAGAUGUGGUUGGCUUCAACUGUACCAGGGGACCUCUCUCUAUGAUACCAGUCCUUGAAAGCGCCGUGGAAGCCAAUAUAGGGGCUCCUUUGGCUGCACUUCCCGUCUUAUAUAGGACAACGGCGGAAGAACCCAGUUUCUUUGAUCUUCCAGAUCCCUGGACAGGAGAGAGGGCGUUUCCGCUUGACCUUGACUGCCUCCUCUGCUCAAGAAGGGACGUUGUCAAGUUUACGGAACGCUGUGCCCAACUCAAGAUACCGUACGUGGGACUGUGCUGCGGGAAUGCCCCUCACUACACCCGGGCCAUGGCCGAGACCCUGGGGAGAGUCACAGAGGCAUCGAAGUAUUCACCUGACAUGUCCCUUCAUGGGAUGUAUGGCACUGAUGAUACCAAACUCACCACUUACUACACCAAACUUUACCAAACUGCGACGACCAAGAAGUAGGAUUACUCAUCGAAAUGUCAUCUACUGAGUUUUUGAACAACUUACAUGACGUUGUUUAACAGGUUAAUACAUAUACUUUAGAACUGUUUGAGGCCAGUUUGAAGACU